AUGACUGACCAAUGGCAAGAAUCAUUAUUUGGAUGUUUUGAUGAUACAAAAAUAUGUUUGUGUGGCUGGUGUUGUACACCAUGUCUGUUUGGCCAAAAUGUCGAACAAAUUGACGGCUCAAAUUGUGCGUUAAUGGGAUUAAUUUAUUGCUGUCUUGGUGGAUGUUAUUUAUGUGGUCUUUUUCAUCUACCUAAACGAAGAGCACUUAGAGAAAAAUAUAACCUUGUUGAAGAACCGGCUGAUAUUUUAGCAACAUGUUGUUGUGGACCAUGUGCCAUAUGUCAAGAAGCGAGAGAGUUGAACAAAAGAGGAGGUCAAGGUGGUGGAACUCGUCCAAUACAGACGCAACCACCUCGUCGUUAA